AUGAGGUUCACCAAUAUUGCCCUCACCGGUGCUGCCAUCGGCCUUGCCAACGCCGGCCCUGUCUCAAAGCGUGCUAUCAGCGACGCCGACGUCCUCAACUAUGCUCUCACCCUUGAGCAUCUCGAGGCAUCUUUCUAUCAGGAGGGUCUCAAGAACUACACCCAGGAGGACUUCAUCAAGGCUGGCAUGAAGGACCCUUUCUAUGCCAAUCUGAAGGAGGUUGCUUCCGAUGAGAAGCAACACGUGGAUUUCUUGACCUCCGCGCUCAAGGCUGCCGGUGCCUCCCCCGUUGCGCGCUGCACCUACAACUUCCCAUCCACCGAUGUCAGCGGCUUCCUAGCCCUUGCCAGCGUUCUCGAGGGUGUUGGAGUCAGCGCCUACCUCGGCGCCGCAGCCUCUAUUAUGAGCGACACCUACCUGACAGCCGCCGGCAGUAUCCUGACCACAGAAGCCCGACACAGUGCGUACUUGCGCGCUGCACUCGGCGAAGUCCCUUUUGCCCAGGCCUUUGACAACCCCCUCGGCUUCAACGAGGUGUACACCGUGGCCUCCCCCUUCAUUUCCUCAUGCCCCUCCAGCAACGGCGCAUUGCCCGUCAAGGCCUUCCCCUCGCUCAUGAUGAGCUCGAUGGGUGUCAUCAUGACAGGCUCGAAGGUGGAGCUGAUGACGGGCAGAGGCUUUGACACAGCUAUCAGCGAUGUCCACGCCGCCUUCAUUACCGUCACUGGGCCCGUCUGGGCUCCUCUCAAGUCUAUGGGUGAUGGAAAAUUCACCGUCACUGUUCCCAAGGGCGUUGCUGGACAGAGCUACGUCGUCUUGACCAAGGGCAACAAGCAGGCGACUGACGACAAUAUUAUUGCUGGCCCUGCUAUCGUCGAGAUUGGAAAGAAGACUGCUAUGGGUACACCGAGUGGUAUGGCUGCUAUGGGUAUGGGUGGCAAGAAGAACGUGACUAUGCCUACUCCUUCUAAGUCUAUGACUGGCUCCUGGAGUAGCUCAUCUGCUACCGCGUCUGCCUCUCCUAUUUACACUGGGGCUGGUCAGAAAAUGUCUGGUGGCAUUGCUGGUGUUGUUGCCACUAUCCUUGCUACUGUGUGGCUCUAA